AUGAAGACUUUGCUCUGUUUAGUGUCUCUCUCUUUUUGGUUUCUGCCGUUAGCAAUCGAUUCACUUCGUUUGAUAGCUGUUGGUCAUCGCCAAUCAAUUGAAGCAUCUGUGAGCUAUACAACAUGGUUUAACCAGUUUAAUCGUACUGAUUUAUAUAAAUUGCGAUCACACGAACCAACACUCAUUGUUUUUGGUGAACUCACAGGACUCACGUCAGCCUUUAUUGGAACACGUGGUCAAGUUGCUCGAGCACAAGCUGGAACAGUUCAAAAUGCAUUCUCAUUGAUGGCGAAAGCCUACGAGAAACAAAUUACAUCUUACUUGAGUGAAUACCCGACGAUUUCGAUCACAAAUGCCCUUGAACUAUCGUUGAGCGAUGUCAUGUGGAGAGCAUUUAACCAAACAUUUUCAUCGUUAGCUCGGUUACUAAAUGCUACCAUUGUUUCAGCCACAUUUGGUCCUCGAAUUACUAGAUCUACAGAUCCAAAAGAUAUUGAAUUAUAUGGUGAUCCUGACCUUUAUCCCAAUCAAACAGAGGUCUAUCUACCAUUAACAAAAGAAAUUUAUAAUACAGCUCAUGUUUAUGCACCAAAUGGUAGUCUGAUUGCCAGUCGUGAUAAGUAUCAUUUGACUCCAGCAGAGAUUGAAUUACUGCAAUUGACUCCAGGAAAACUCGAAAAUAAUACAGUAAUAAAGCCUAACAAUACGUGUAUAGCUAUUUGUUUGGAUGCUUUUUAUUUGGAUGUUUUGUCACAUCUUGAUUCUCAAAAUUGUACUAUACUCAUUCAACCAUCAUUUAAUGAUCAAAUGUGGGCAGCAAAUUUAUCUUCGCAAUCUCCUAUCUGGGUGCCAGUUGAUUGGGCACAUGGUCCGCUAGCACUGUUCGAAAAGACACAAAAUAUCCAAUUUUCUAUCAAUCCAAUGGUUACUGGAAAUUUAUUCAGUGAUAUGAUUGUUGAUGGGCAGUCGACAAUAAAUCAACGUCUACUGCGAGGAAUAACAGCAUUGAACAAACAGGAUGAUUUGUAUAUUGGCUUGGAUCCUGUAGAUGUGCAGGAUAUCAGUGGAUUUCAAACAUUGACACUGGCUAAAUGGGCACGAGAUGAUCCGAGAGAGAAAAACUUGACGAAACAAGAACGACGACAGCUACUAUAUCAAUAUGCUCUAGAAUUGGCUCCUGAUUCAAAAUCGAAAAAUGAAAACAAAUAUGCUGACACCGUCAUAUGGGCCGAUGUGAUCUUGUAG